UCCGCCAUAUUGUUGUUACCUUUUCACGUGGAGGGACGUUUUCCUGAUUGCAACAAUUACAAAACGAGAAUGGUUCGACCAAGUAAGUUGUUGAUCCCUUUUUGCUUAUAACAAGUCAUUGCUUUCACUUAAUUUUUUUCAAUCAAUUUUAAACUAGCUGUUUUUUAUGCCAAACAAUCUCUCACAGAAAAACAAAGCAAACGAAUGACUGCACACAAGAGGUACAAAAUUCAGAGAAAGGUUAGUUACGUUUUAUACACUUAACAACGAUGGCUUUUAUUCGGUCACUUCGUUCUAAGCUAGAUCGUCACUGUCGUUGCUUUCACAUGGUUUCAUAGAAUAUCCCGAUCAAACUUGGAUCGAAAUAAUCCAAAUGAUCACGGAACGAAGUGACCGGAUACUUAACGAAGAGAUCUUAAGAGAUCUUUCUUUAACUAUCAAAUAGUUAAGGUUGUAUUUCAGAGGGACAUCCCAGUGUUUAGGCUCAAAGUUGCGGUCCAGUUUACUCGAUUACUGAAUCUAAGAAACUAAAAUUAUUAUAUAGAUCAAAGUCAAAAAACCUGGAGAUUUGGGGGAAAAACCUGGAGAUUUUUCAACGGCGUCAAAAAGAACUAAAACUACAAUGGAGGACAAAAUUCUUAGGACAAUUAACACGAUCUGCCUUAAUUUUCCCCCCUUUCCCCCUCUCCCCCAAGCAAUGUUGUAGUUUGUGCACCCCUGUACACUUUACGCUGUGCUAAAAGUGUUUCUUCAUCCCAACAUUGUUUGGGGUGGGGAGGGGAGGGUCAUUUGGGGUAUCCAAGUGGUUAGAGACGUGCAUAUUAUGCUACAUCUGAAUAUUUGAUAAGUUAAGGAUGUGGAAGGAAGGUUUUCUAUAACCGUUCCAAGGAUUUUUGUCCUCCAUUGUAGAAAAACGAAAAUGGAUCGCUAAAAAUACGUUUAACAGGAUACGAACCUUCCCAUUCUGUUUUAAACUUUGUCUUCACCCGAUGAAUAGUCAUCAUUUCCCACCAUUUUGACAACAUGGACAAAACGUAUCUAGAUGCGACAAACUGGUAAAUAUAACCUUAUUUGGUAUGUGUCUUCAAAAAAUGGUUUUGAGAUCUGUAUCUUGUCAACCAGAUGAUCAAAAAUGACAAAAUUAAUAUGCCUUAGAACUGUGGAUUUCUUCAGAAUUGACACCUGAAAAUCAAUUUUACAAGGCAAAAAUGAACAUAUUCAAAAUGUUUAUUCCAUCGGUUUUUGAUUCUGUUUAAUGUGAGAUUUUUGUGCCUCAUCGUGAGACUGUGAGAUUGUCCUCAAAACCGUGAGUCUUACGUUAAAACCAUGAGACUUGAGAGGUCUGCAAGGCAUGUCGUUCCUUACCAAUGUGUGGUUCAGUGUAAGACUACCCCUUUAACCUUUUAACCGGCAAAUGUUUUGGGGGAAACUUUAUCACUGCAGCUACGUUGUGACAAAAUGCUGACAGCUUACAUACUACAACUCCUGAGGGCCAUUAACUAUAUAUCAAAAUGCUUGUCGCAGUUAAAUUCAUCCUGUGUGGCCGUGUCCUUAAUUCUAGUGUUACCCUUUUUUCUUCAUAAAUCACUGACUGGGGCUUAAUGGAAUAUUGGGGAUCCACCGAUGUACAGCAAAGAAUUCUGACAACACUUGGGCAAUGACUAUUAGCUUACAUAGAGUCUUUUUUUCCUUUUUGUAGAUCAGGGAACAUUUAAGAAAACAGCGGAAGGAAGCAAAGCUAAAUGGAAAAUCAAAAAGUAGGUUAUUUGUAAAGGGGCUUUAAUAUUAUGCUACUUGCUAUCUUUUUAAAAAACUAAAACUUUUCUCACAUCAAUUGAAUUUCAAAAAUAAUGAUCUAGUUUUUUUAUUUAAAUAUAUUAUAUUUAGACAUUGAAACUGUUUCCUGUUGUCUGUUGCAAUGGUCGGGCUUCUGAUAUUUCGCGGAAAAAAAAGCAAAAUUUCGCGGGAUUUUCAGGGGCAAAUUCGCGGAAAAAUCGGCCGAUUUUGCGGGAUUUUCGCGGGAAAAAGUCAAAAUUCGCGAAAAUAUCAGCCGAUUUCGCGGGGUUUUCGCUGGAGAAAAGUCAAAAUUCGCAGAAAAAUCGGCCGAUUUCAAGGGAUUUUGCAGAAAAAAGUCAAAAUUCGAAGCAUUUUCAGGAGCAAAUGCUCAGAAAAAUCGGCCGCUUUCACGGGAAAUUUCGGGGGAAACUUCGACAUCGCCAAGAAACAAUCAGUAAAAAGCAGCCGAUUUGGCUGGAUUUUUUUGGGCAAAUUUUGCUAAAAUCGAUCAAUUUUGCGUUGAUAUGACCAGCGUUGUUUAACGUUUUUUAACAGGGAUAAUUUGCUCUUCCAACAACAGUUCGCUUGAGAAAUGAGCGACUGCUAAAGCUAUUAACAUUAUGGUUAGUGCCCAGUUUUUCGCAACAUUAAUCUAAGAACGCCUGGUAGUUUUGGGACGUUGUUUACUCGUUGCAGUGACGAAGUUUCAAGAUAAAAUUAAUUUGGACGUUUGGGGUGAAUAAAACAGGUCUAAUAGCCAAGAUAGGUAUUAAAUAUGUUUUGCCGACAUGUAUUUGGAAAUAUUUCUGGUGGAUUUUGCGGGAUUUUUUCGUUUUGGGGGGAAUUUCGCGGGAUUUCGCGGAAAUACCUGAAUUUCGCGGGUCCGCGACCGCGCGAAAUAUCACAAGCCCUGAAUGGAUGGCAAGGAUAAAAAUGGAUUGAAACUUGAAAACAUUGGGCCAAACUUUUCAAGUUGUAAUGCAAACUUGCUUGCAGCACUAACCCCACACUAUUCCCCUAUUAACCCUUUAAGUCCCAAGACUGACAAACACCAAUUUUCUCCUUACAUUAUCAGUAUGCAAUCAAGUGAAGAGGUUAUGAGAAUUGAUAAAAUGAUCCAAAGGAAAAAUGCUCAGAUUGCUUUUCAUAUUCCCCCAACUAAUUCAGUAAAAAAAUGUAUAGAGAUCAGUUUUGAGAAUUUGUAUGAAGAUAUUGCGGCUUAAAGGGUUAAAUUUGUUUGAUAUCUUCUUCAUAACUCUACAGGAGCAUUUUGUGUAUGGGUAAAGGUAAUAAAGAGAUGAUUCCAAUACAGAAUUGACCUCAACCCUUAAGUCCCAAUAGUGACCAACGUCAAUUUUCUCCUAACGAUAUCCAUACCAUGUCAAGAGAUUAGGUUAUGAGAAUUAAUAAAAGAUCACCUAAGGGAAAAUGCCUUGAUCUUUUAUGAAAUUCUCUCAACUCAUUCAUGAAGGAAAUGUAUGGAGAUCAGUUUGGAGAAUUUGUAUAUGGAUAUUGGGGCUUAAAGGGUUAAACAGCAAUAUCCUUAUAAUAUGCACAGCUAUGCUCUAGCAGAGCCCAGUGGCCCCUGGCACCUAACUUUUGCCUUCAGGUGACUAGAAAAUCUCAGAUUUUUCAUACAAAUCAUAUGCUGGGCACCCUAGAUUUUACAGUUUCAGAGCACUGGGCUCCCUUCAAUUUUCCUUAGAGCACAGCCUUGAUAUAGCUUCUUUAAAAAAAGGACACAUUAUAUAAUCAAUCAAUCAAUACCUUUAAUUAAGUGUCAAACUAACAUAGCAGUAGAAGAACCACUAAAUGGGGACACUAUAAAUUAAAAUAAGCAGCUAUUGUAGCAAUUAAAAUCGAAUAUUAUGAAUAAAACUAUCUACAAGUGCAUCAUUUUUGACUAGAGUCCAAAGUGUAAAAUGUAUAUGAUUAUUACAUGAUCGGGAGCAUAAUUACUAAAUUAUGCACAUUAUGUGUAUGAUGAGCUCAGUAAAAAUAGUAGCAUGUUUGUUAUGCACUACAUAAUUAUAGUUCAAUUUGAGCACUGAAUUUCAGCAAGCAAGGAAUUUAGGUCAAGCUGUAGAAUAUGUUGCUUGAACACAUAUAGUGUAGGAAGGUCCCUGCAGAUCUUUUUAGGUAGUAGAUUCCAUAACUAAGGGCCAAUUUACCUAAUAGGAUGCUUCCUGUGUGUAAUCAUAUUAAGUCUAGUUAAAGGCAAUAGACCAUAGUAAAGAUUUGACACUAUCUACAUGUGUCGAUAACCUGGAAAUAUGUUCAAACUUUUGUUUAUUCUUUUUCCUUUUAGAACAUAAGAAAGAUCCAGGGGUUCCCAAUCUUUUUCCUUUUAAAGAGGAAGUUCUUAAACAGGCAGAGGAGAAGAAAAGAAGGGUAAUUUUUUAGGUGUUCAUGUAAUAAAUGUACAUGUUACAGGUCAAAAGUAUAUUCACAUUAAACUUUGUUUAACCUUAGUUGAUUCUCAAUUUCCUUUGUCUCCUAGCCCUAAUUAUUCAUGAGUUAGGGCUCAAAGAAUCAACCUACAUGUACAUGUAGGUAAAAAAAGUUUAACCCGAAUUUCAUUUUGAUCUGUAACAUUCGUACAAUUAUCUCACAUAGUGUUUGCAUAAAAUUCUUUGCUGAUCAGGAGAAUUCUGAAUCCUGAAUGCAUAUGUGAUGUGGUCAAUUCUUUACAGCAAGAGGAAGCAAACGAAAGGAGAAAGCAGAGCCGGUUAAAAGAGGUGAAUAAGAAAAGAAACCUGGAAAGUCUACAGAAAGAUGCAAUGAAAAGGGGAAAGGAAUUUGAGAAAAAGGUAAAAAUGUAUAAAUGUAGUACGUGCUCUGAUUUGCUAACCUAGCAAACAAAAUGAUUUUGUCCUGCCCACUUACAAUUGCCUGAUAUAUUUUUCCAGCAAGACAUAAAUUUUCCUUUGGGCAUGUUCAUGUAAUAAAUCCUGUAUUAGUCAAGCUUGUGUGAUCAAGGUGGCUAGGUAUUGGCAAAGUUCUUUUUUGGAACUUUUCGACUCAGUCCCUAAAAACCUAAUGAAAUUGAACUUGUCUUUAUCCAACCAUCUUUACUCAACACCUCAUUUGAUAAAUUUAUGUAUGUUUUGGUCGAAUUUAUCCUUGGUUUAUUUUCCUUUGUUUUUGUGGAUUCAUGGUAAUGUAAUGUAGGAGAUAAAUGACCCAGUGUUCAAGUUCCCUCAGUGAUCUCUGAGCUUGACUCAAGAGAUGGGGGUGGGGGAGAGAAACAGAUUCUUUCCGCCCACCCCCUACAUACAUGUAUCUAAAGUAAUUAGGCGAAGCGAAGAGAGCUGAGAGAAACAGAGCUUGCUUGUAGGCUUAUAGAAAACAAAUUCAAGUAAUGAAUAAGUUCGAUUGAAUCAAGGAUUACCGGGUUUAUUGAAUAACUUUGACUUGAUCACUGUCUGUGCAGUCCUUUUUUAUACAAUGCAAGUUAUUUUUUCUUCAUAGUUACAACCUCUGUUACAUGAUAUAAUGUUGUUGUUGUUGUUGUUUUUUUUGCAGGAGUCUUUAAAGGAGAAUUCUCAAUCAGAUGUUUAUUCUGGUAGAAAGCUAGGUCAGUUGAAAGUAUUAAAACAUUCUCACUGUAUUUCUCUUAAAGAAAGUAUGUACUUUCAUUAAACUACACAUAUACAUGUAUGGAGUGAGUGAGUAACAUGCUUUUAUGGUUCUUAUGAGGCUCCUUGUAUUCUUGCGAAAACACAAGACGUUUUUAAUACAGGAGACUUAAUUUGUGCACAAUUUUCUGACCCUCCCCACCCCUGUUUCAAAAAAAAAAAAAAAAAAAAGAAAAAAAAAAAAAAGAGAGAGAGAGAGAACUACCAGACAAGGUUAGCAACAUAGAACUAUCCCUAUACUGACCUUGCUUUUUGAUUUCAGAGGGAUCUCUUAAGGCAUAUUAUAAAGAAUUUAAAAAGGUACAGUUGUGUAUGGAUGGUCAUACUCAGUACUUUUAAUUAUAAUUAUUCAUUUUUCUUUGUUGUACUGUUUAAAAAAUGAGCAGGAGUGUAUCAUGGGGUUUAAAAACUCUUGGCUUCGCCUCAAGUUUUUAAACCUGGCAAUAUACACUGUAUGACUGCGAAUUUUUUGAACGGCUUCAAAAUCUCUGAUAUAGAUCAACUCAUUCUUGCACUAAUAUUUAGAGUGGUCUAAAAAACUGGAUGUAAAGUUUAGCCCAUGUCUUUAUCAGAUGUAACGACAUUUUAAUAAACCUUAAUUUCUUUGGUUUUUUUUUCCUUUAUGAAUUAUUAAUGAGUUUUUAAAUAUUAAAUUUUUAAUGUUAUUGUACAAUGCAUAACCUGUGAGAUCAAUUAAUUUUUUCUUAAAUGACCUCUCCGUAGUACAUAUAAGCAUUCAUCCAUCCAAAACACCCAUUAUUGGUUCCCAGUUAUCACAAAAUUCAACAAAAAUUUAAAUCUUAAGCAAUAAACAGGACGAUGCAAUGUAUUUGCCAAUUAUUUGAGGUUUCACUUGACUGGUGCUACAAUAAGAUUGCAUCAAGAUUCAAAGUUACAUGGAAUCAAUGUCACAUCAUCUCGUCAAAACUCGCUCUAGUGAAUGGAAACUUACCACAGCUUUCACUAAGGGGCGGGGGCUGGCAACAGCAACAGAAAUGUGGCUUCAAAAGUGAUUUUGUGUUCUUUCAGUCUUCACUGCAAACAAUGUACUUUGGUCAAAUGUAGGCGAACUAUCCUGGAGUUGAAUUCUUAAGAACAAUAUAUCCAGGUUCAGAAAGAGAAGAAAAUUUCGUCAUGGCCUUUUUACAUCCUCGUUAAAACGGGAAGUUACUCAUUUUCAUGUCGUUGUUGUGCAGUGAUGGCAAAGAAAUGUACAAAAAAGUGUGCUGCACGUGCAAUGUUGUUUUUUUUGCUUAUUGAACCUACUGAUGUUAUGACAUUCUGGUUACCAUUACUGUCAUCUAAUCGUAAGGCCCGUUGUAUUUCUCUUGUGAACAGGUUGUGGAUGCCUCUGAUGUCGUUCUUGAGGUUCUGGAUGCCAGGGAUCCCAUGGGAUGUAGAUGUACACAGGUAUUUAACAUUAGAAUUCUCUCUAAUAAUCUUCCAUUGUAAUUUUUUUUUAUAAACUCUGAAUUUAAUAAUUAUUGAUAGUCUUUCUAGAAUACAUAUCCUGUAGUUAUUGACUGAUCAAAAAUUAAUUAAUUAAUAUUUAUUAACUGAUUAUCCCAUUAGUUAAUUAAUUUUUUGCUUUAUUAAUUCAUGAUCAUUGUCAUAAUAAGUGAAAUAAUUUCAGUUUGGCACUCAUGUCAGCAUGAAAAACAACUUCCGAUUCACAUGAAAUUAUUAGGAAUUUAAACAAUAACGUUUGUCUUGUACAGUAGUUCUGUAUUUUGAAUUCUCCAAAAACUUAGUAUGCCCAUACCCUCAGGCUAUUGCACACGACUCUCUUCUCAGACUCUUUCACCUUUCACAAAAUACAACUUCCCUAUUAAAAUGUGGCUUCAUGGGAGGCUAGCAAUAUUUCACGUCUGAUUCAUCCAGUGUACAGUGUACAGGAUGCAAUCUGUCUCUUUGAUAGUCACACUAUAUGGGUAUUGUGUGAAAUCCAAAUGGAAAUUUCACCAUUAAUUUUAUUCAAUCAACAGGUUGAGGAAUCAGUAAUGUCUUCGGGUGUCAAUAAAAAAUUAGUGCUGAUUUUGAAUAAAAUAGGUGGGUACUAGUUAUUUUUAUGGGAGUUUGUGGAUGAGAGUUUUUGUAUUUUAUCAUGGAACUGAUUUUUGCAACUCCUCAUGGAGAAUUAAUUUUUUGGGUUCUUAGCAGCAUUGCCAUUGAUUUUAGACUUCAUGCAUUUCUUUGAGUUAAAAUACAGGUGAAACAACAUCCGAAGAGGGAAAUACCAUUGUUGUAUAGUUUCAAUUUUAAUUCAUGCAAACUGGCAUGACAGUCCUGAUGUGCAUGUGCAUAGUGUAUUUAAUUACUAACAAUCACAGAGUCAAACACCCAGAAAGAAAAAACAAAAGAGCAAAUGAGAGGUAAAAGUAAAAUUAAUGUCCUAUUAUUUUUGGGGCCAAACUGGAACCUGCAGGGAAAGAAAAAAAUAGGGGGCUUAAGCAUCGACAACAGCAACAGUAAUGAGAACGGCAAAGAAGCAAUUGGUUUAAUAAUGAAGCAAAACAACAGCUUUGCAUGUGCAUAAUGCUUUUUGUACAAUUCUUUCUGCCGUAACAUGCCAACAAAGUGAAACGGCCUAACGAAACGUUUUCUGGAGGAUGUAAAAUAAAUGCAGGACAACAGCUUCCUUUUUCUUUUUCUGAACUGAGAUACAGCUCCUGUAGAAUUCAUAUCCCAAAAAUUUGCCAGAAUUUGAUGAAUUGAGCAAGAUGGAAUACAUUGUAAGUGUGAUGACAGCAAAAAUUCACACAUGGUGCUUUUGCUGUUGUGGUUGUCUAAGCUCAUCAUUCCUGAGGACGGGUCCCCUUCUUUUGGCCUGGAUGAGUUUCAGCUCCCUCAUACUUAAAGAUCUGAAUCUGCCUAUGUUAUGUUUAAUAUUGGAACUUUAAUUACUCUUCAGAUCUUGUUCCAAGAGAAAUUGUUGAUAAGUGGUUAAAGUAUCUUCGCAAUGAGUUUCCAACAGUUGCUUUUAAGGCAUCAACACAAGCACAAAAACAGAAUUUAGUAAGUAAUUAUUUUACUACUAGUAAUUUUCCUUGGAUGUUUUUUUUUUUGGAAAACUUCUAAUAAUUGUGGUUUCCGCUGGCUGAGGAACAAACAAGGAGAAAAACGUUUUCUCACACAUGGGUAGUAAUAUGGGUUUAAGUGUACAAGGGCCUUUAGGUCACGUGGUGUUUCAGAGUUCAGUUUGUUUUGAACAUUGCCAUCUGCCGUUGCGGCCUGACCCGUCCCAGUAAUGCCGUUUAUAUCUAGUUUUGAUGGUACCUAUUCUCAGUUUCUGGUCAGCCAUUUUUAGCUCUUUUUUGUUAUUAUACUUGUGCCGGCUUAGUUGUGUUGAUAUUAAAGAUCAGGCUGCAUAGUUAGCUUGGCAUGGCUCCUAGUUGUCUGCACAGGUAGCCCAAGCUCGAAAUAUGAGCAUCGGCGAGCAUCGGCAUUGUUGCGUAACAUUCAAAAUAUAAGGAUUUGUUUGGGAAAAAACCCAUGGUUUCUGUAACCUACGAAAAUGAAAGGAUUUCAAUAAAAAAAACAGCUUACCUUGCUUAAAAUGUGUGUUACAUCUCUCCUGUGUGGUCCACGGGCCGAUUUAUGGCCGUUUUAUGGGUUUUUAUGUAUAGUAAACGGUUUUCUCUCUUACCUUUUUAUAGAGAGACACAUUUUAAGUAAAGUAAGCUGUUUUUUAUUGAAAUUCUUUCAUUUUCGUAGGUUACAUAAACCAUAGGUUUUUUCCCCACACAAAUCCUUAUAUUUUGAAUGUUACGCAACAAUGCCGAUGCUCGCCGAUGCUCAUAUUUUGAGUUUGAGCUACCUGUGGUUGUCAGUGUUUGGGAAGAACAUUUAAUUUUUAGAAAUUCUUACAGCUGUUUUCAAGAAGUAUAUUAUCGAAAUUCACUUAACUCAUUCUGUCAUUUCAUCAUCUAAGAAGGAGCCACACCUCACUGCUAAAAUCUGCUUGCUUUAAAUUCUGUAUUUACAGCAUCAGAGUAAAGUCUCUGCAUCAUUAGCGUCAGGAGAUUUGCUAACAUCCAGCGCUUGUAUUGGAGCUGAUACUUUGCUUAAGCUUCUUGGAAACUACUGCCGAAACAAAGACAUUAAAACAGCUAUUACAGUUGGAAUAGUAGGUAGGGACUGAAGCUAUUAGUUAGACCGCGAGAGGAGUGCACGCGCGCGCGAGCACGCAAGAAACGAGGGCGGCAGCCUGACAAGAAAAACGAGGGACUCUCUUUUUUCGUGCCUCUCACGCCUCGCGCCUUCAGUCAUGCGCGUAGUCAUUUGCGUGUCUUACGCGUUUUGCUCGACGGACCAAGAAAGGAGAGAGUCUGCUCACAGUGUACUCCUUAGUCUGCAUGUAGAUAUCUCCAUUACUAUUUCCUUUUCUUUACAUGUGCAAGGGGAAAAAAAGCCGACAUUUCAUGACACUACUACUGGUUUUCCCGCGAAAUGACGCCUGAGGAACAAGCGGAGAAAUUCCAUUCUGAUGACGCGUCAUGUGAAUUGUGCUCCUGAUUGGAUGAAGCAAAUUUUUAGCCAAUCAACAGCUCUACCCAACAACUCAUCUCAUGUGACGUCACGUGAGAUUUGUUGUUUCUUACAUGCGAAGUCGAAAUAACAAUGAUAAGUUCUAACAUGCUGCAUUUCUUUUUUCCUAGGUUUUCCAAAUGUUGGCAAAAGCAGGUAAAAAAACUGUUUACAAUAGCUGAUUGUUAGUGACUUUGGCUUGUGAAGCUGUGUGAAUUUCUGCAAAAUAUAUAUAGGUGUCACCCCACAAUUAUCUUGGGUGGAAGGAAAUAGAAAAAACUCUCCCUUUAUCCCCUAUAAUCAAGGAUGUAGCCGUGCCAAGACUAGAACCUCUUCCAUCUUGACUACUGUGGGGAAGGGACGGUCGUAAUUUGCCAUUUAUUAAGUAUCUGGUUUACCUUUUAGUGACGUCUGAAUAUUUUUUUUAUAAUCUCUCUUGUUCGUAGCAUCAUAAAUAGUUUAAAAAGAUGUAAAGCUUGUACAGUAGGAGCUACUCCUGGAGUAACAAAGUAAGUACUUUACCUCAUAUAAUAUUUAGCGAAGCUGAACGUACUACAGUGUACGUAAAAAAACAAUUUUGUGAGAAAUAAACACGAACCUAAACGAGGCGGGAUUCACUUCCCCAUUAAACGUAGUCGCGCAACAACGGCUUAGUAUAAAAUGCCUGAUGUACGCGUAACAUUGUUGUUUUGCAACGACGAUUCGCAACGACGAUUGUUAGCGCAACACAGCGUUGCAACAUUGUUGCGCCAUUGUUUCGAAUGGUUACAACAUUGUUCCAACAUUGCAGCGCUGUGUUGUGCUAAAAAUCGUUGUUGCGAAUCGUCUUGUGUCCGUUUGCUCGGGGCUAUACAUGUACCCCAAAACCUCCUUUAUUCAUAUCACGCGCCAUUGGAGAUCUUUCUAUAUGUUUGUGUGAUUGAGAGCAAAAAAAUCCAAUAUUACCUUGUGGUCUUGGCUUAAAAGCUUUUUCUUUUCCUUUUUUUCGACAACGUUUAUUGAAAUAGCUGUAUCUUAUUGACCAAGCGAGAGUCAAGAUGACUCGAUAUUAUCCAAGUUCUUUCAAAAGCAAAAGGAUGGUCGGGGCAAUAGCCAGUUAUAUUGAACCAAGCAUUUGACGUUGAAUUGUUGUACUUUGCAUUACAGGAGCAUGCAGGAGGUGCAACUGGACAAACAUGUUAAACUUGUAGACAGUCCUGGAAUUGUCAUGGACAACAGCAACUCAGAUUCAGCUGUGAUAUUGAGGAACUGCGUCAAAGUAAGGUUCCACAGUGUAGUCCGAGAGUGACCAACACUAAUUUUCUCAUAGCCUGCGAGCACGCUCCCCGCGGCGCUCUGGCGGCGGGGCGGGGAAAGGAAGGAGAGCUUGCAACUACGUCUCUGGAAUUUGAAUUCCGCCUCCAAAUCCCCAGUGGCUCCCCGUCGAUUAAGCCGUCAGGUUUCAGCCAAUCAGCGCGAAGCGGAAUCGAGUGCGAAUGUAAACAAACAUCGAAAAACCCGUGCUAAGGGUAAUGACGUCAUUACUAAUGUCAUCUUCGCCAAUCAGCAUUUCGCAUCGACUAGUUGCGAGCUUUCCUCCUUUUCCCGCCGUGCUGCACCGCAGCCAGAGCGCCACGGAGAGCUUGCUCUCACGCUAAUUUUCUCACUGAUUUUCUUAAUACAUCAUCAUGAUAAUGGUGAUGGAAACUAAUAAAGUGAACACCAAAAAGAAAAUACUUUGAUCUGUUAUUGACUUCUCUCAAACUAAUUUUUUAAGGAAAUGUGUAGUGCUCUCUCUGGAGAGUUUGUAUGCGGACAUUGGAGCCUGAAGCCAUAUCUAUACUGAUCUUAUCCUCAUUUUUUUUUUUCAUCGCAGAUAGAAACCAUUGAUGAUCCAGUUCCUGCUGUAGAAGCUAUUUUGAGAAGAUGUAACAAACAUCAGGUAUUAAAAAUAGCACUAGUAUAUAACGAAGGACUCGUCCGAGUGCUUUGCACCUCGAACUUCGGAUCUGGCGAUACGAACAAGGUUUCAUUCACAAGUUUUCCUUGUAAAGGAAGAAUCGUUCAUGUAAAUUUAAAAAAAACUUGUCAAGUUUUCCAUUUUAAAUACGCAAACAAGGAAAACUUAAACAAUUGAAAGAUCAUCCUAGUUAUGUACGCAACUCUGAAAAGAAAGCCUUAAAAAUAAUCGGGUUUGAACGUGAUUUCAAUCCAUGAUUUCUGUGAUACUCGUGCAGUGCUUUGCCAGUUGAGCUAAUAAGCCAACUGGUAGCAUUAAAAAGAGUUCGUAUACUUCUCAAGAAGAUAAAGGUAUGGAAGUGAAUACAGUGAAACCUCCAUGUGCGACCAUCUCUUGCAAGCGACAACCUCCCAUAACAGAACCUAUCUAAAAAACCAAAACUUUCCCUGUCAAAGCGUAACUGUUGGAACCUCUCGAAAACGACCACUUCCUGUAAGCGACCGCGUCACGUUUUGGAGCUGACGGUUUAGAGUGAUUUCCUCUUUUUUUAAUCUUUUGUAAGCGACCACUUGACGUAUUGUUCGAUUUCUAUGUUCGCUGUGUGCAUUAUGCUACUGGCA